ACACUCCAUUCGAGGGAGGCUUGUUGUUAUUAUUCUGAGGUGACUAACCAGCUGACAGUUCUCUGUUUAAGCCUAUUCUUCAGGAUGUCUUCAGACUUCGAAACCUAYGAGCAGGACUUUGGAACCAUUACAGCCGAUAUAACUAAUAAAAUUGGCAGAAUUCCUAAACUAAGUGGAGAGGAGAAGACACAGCUGGUUCUAAAUGUCGACAAACAGCUCGAAGAAGUCAGAGAGUUGCUGGAGCAGAUGGACCUGGAGGUGCGAGAGAUCCCCGUCCAGAGCCGAGCCAUGUACAACAGCAGGCUGAAGAGCUACAAGCAGGAGAUGGAGAAGCUCGAGAAAGACUUUAAAAGGUCACGCAUUGCCUACAGUGAUGAGGUGCGCAAUGAGCUCCUGGGAGAUGACGCCAUCUCCUCCGAGAGCCAGUUGAUAAAGUUACGUGAAGAGAGAGCACAUCUGUUGGACAACACAGAGAAGCUGGAAAGGUCAUCCCGAAGACUGGAGGCCGGCUACCAGAUAGCAGUAGAGACUGAACAAGUGGGACAGGAGAUUCUUUCCAACCUGCACACCGAUCGGGAGAAGAUACAGAGAGCCAGAGAAAGGCUGAGAGAAACAGACGCAAACCUGGGCAAGAGUUCUCGCAUCCUGACCGGCAUGCUGAGAAGGAUCAUCCAGAAUCGUGUCCUGAUCUUCAUCCUCGGAGCUGUCAUCUUCGUCACCAUCAUCUUGGCCAUCUAUUUAAACCUGAGAGGCCACUGAUCUUUACUGUUCACCUAUGAACCCCCCCCCCCCCCAGCCCCCAUCCUGUCCUCUCUCCCAGUACAAAUACAAACACACACAACAUGCGUGAUUAAUAGCGACAAAAGCGUUGUUCCGCUGUAAUUAGGACAAAUGGUCCCCAUGAAUCACAGUUUUCUAAACCUGACAGGGAGCCCCCCCCCCCCCUUUCUCGUUUCAUUCUACUGCUUUUCUACCUUUUCUUCUGUUCUUUCUUUUUGCUUUUCUCCUCUGUUAUGUUCAUCCUCUCCCUGUCAAAUUGUGUCUUGCAUCUUCAGGGACGAAAGCGGUAAAACUUUUUCAUGUCGUCGUCCUCGGUGUGGACUUGCAGCCACCCCCACCCCACCCACAGGUGAAAUACAACCUCAUCGAUGCAUGUGAUUUAUUUUGCUUGUUUUUCAUUUAAGGAGGUGGAUGAAGUGGUUUUUAAGGUUCGUAGGCAUGCAUGAAAGACAGAAAGGCAGUCAUGGACUAGUAGUCGACACCGACUCAGACCUGCUUCCAGUCKUAUGCAGGAGCUUCUGUAACUAAAUGAUUCAGCUGUUCUUCUUGCGGCCCCCAGCACCACCAGCAGCGGACUGAGCUCUCAGUCCGACAUGCUGGUCACUCUCUCUGCCUCGACGUUAAAAGCUUCACGAUGGUUGGUUUAUUCAGAAAAGUUGGCUUGUUUACCACUUUUAUUUUAAAAGAGUGCAGAGAAAAGAAGAAAAAGCUGUCUUUUACUAGAGUUUUAUCAUAAAAUGAACCGAUCCCCAAAGCUUUGACCUAAUAGAAAACAUUAAAAAGAAAAUAAAAUGAAAACGUUUCUCCUAACAUUUUUGUCACACUGAGUAUCCYGAUGUACCUCACACUUCCUGAACACACGUCGUGACUCAUUCCUACAGACUUUUUAUCUUUCGUUGUGGUAAAUCUUGGUAUCAUACUGUAUGUACUAACAUUUAAAUCCAUACUGUGUAUAGUGGUUAUUUUUUUCCAUCUGAUUCUGUUGCUAUUUAUUUAAAGAUGUAGAAUUAAAAUGUCUGUGCUAGAACUGUAAGUUUUAUUUUCUUUGUUAUUUUGAUUUAACAUUAUAUAUGUUUUGGCUUUUGGCUGAUGAUGCAAGACCAAAAGAAAUGUGUUGAUUUCUAGUUUUAUUUUAUUUUAUUUUAUUGUUUGUUUUUCUUCUAUAAAUAGGCCUGACCUGAUUCGGAGCUUGUAUUAUUUGUUCUGUAUAUUUCAUGUAAAUUUCUGAAGAUUGUGUUUAUGUGGAAUAGGUGUUUGUUGUUGUGUGAUUCUUGGAAAAAACUAAAAUCAAGAGCAUUUUUGGAGUCUUAAGGAUUGAAUGACAGUAUAUUAAUGCUUUGCCAGCUAGAAUUCACAACCAAACUUGUCUCUCUA